AUGGGAAGCACCAGCCCGUCGGAGUUUGUAUGGAUCCGACUGCAGGAUUGGGACCCUGCUGCUGCCCCACAGGGAGUAGACAAGAUAAUUGGGGGAUACGAGUGCAGCCCCCAUUCACAGCCCUGGCAGGUUUCCCUGAACACUGGGUACCAUUUCUGUGGCGGAUCCCUCAUCGCGGACCAGUGGGUGCUGUCAGCUGCCCACUGCUGGUACUACCCCGACUCCAUGCAGGUGAUCCUGGGAGACCACAACAUCCAGGUCUUUGAACACACCGAGCACCUGAUGCGCAUCGAGACCAUCGUGUUGCACCCCAGCUAUGACGAGCAGACACUGGACCACGACAUCAUGCUCAUCAAACUGGCCCACCGCAUCCAGCCGGAUGCCUACGUGCAACCCGUUCCCCUGCCGACCGCCUGCCCAGAGGUUGGGUCUCUCUGCAUGGUGUCAGGAUGGGGUAACAUCCUCAGCGAUGGCUUGCUAAGCGCCAAGAACCUGCAGUGUGUCGAAGUUCCCAUUGUGAGCGACCAGGUGUGUGAGCGCUCCUACCCCGGGAUGAUCACCAGCACCAUGAUGUGCGCUGGGUACCUGGAAGGAGGCAAGGAUGCAUGCCAGGGAGAUGCUGGUGGACCUCUGGUCUGCAACGGGGAGUUGCAGGGCAUCAUGUCCUGGGGAUUCGGCUGGGCCCAAAAGGAUCACCCUAGCAUCUACACCAAGAUCUGCUCUCUGCUGUCCUGGAUCAAGAGCACCAUGGCUGCUAACUAGCUCAGACAGAACAACACUUUCCACUUGGGAACAUGGACUCUCCUCACUCUGCUGGGCCAGGACCUGGGCACAAAACCGAACUCACAUUCCAUACACAUGGUGAGACCAUCUCAGUGCUGGGAGGGGCAAUGCCACAGUAAGAUGGAAAGAGGUGCAAGAGAUGGCAAUAAAUCCAGCUGUCACCACA